AUGGCGACUCCAACUGAUGAUGUCCCUUCUAAGGACAAGGAGAACAUCAAGGACGGCGAUGCGGAUGUUGUGCCUCCACCUAAUCUGCCUGCGUCGCUUCAAGGUGUCGCAAAGCAAGGCAAAUUGAGGAAGAGCAAGGCGCUCGUUCACCGCGGCCCUACCGCUCUCCCCAAGGAUCGAGGAACUGGUUUCGAGGAGUUCUUUGCUGAUCCGCCCAUGACCCCUGAUGAGGCCAAGGAGGAGACGGACGAGAUCUAUGCUCCUGACGUUCCCUUUGCAGAGCGCAUGCAAUCUUGCAUCCAGCGCUUCCGCUCCAGACGCCGUCUUCAGGGCUCCCGAAUUCUUUACUUCAAAGAGUACCUUUUCCUUGGAGGUGUCGAUUGCGCGCCCAACACCUUUGGUGGUCUCAGCCAGCAGGAACUGAAGGACCUCACCCCCGCUGAGCGUCGACAAGCCACUGCAAAGGAUGUCAUCUGGGCCAGUUCUGCAGCCGGAGACCGAUUCUACAACGGCGAUGAAGAAAAAUGGUCGGUCGACUUUGCCGGCGUUGCUGCUGGUUUCUUCGCUGUCACUCUAGUCCACCUCACUUCUAGUGAACUGGGGCCCAUGCUGGAGGGUAUCAGUACCGUCGAGAACUUUCUCCGAUACGUUCUUCAGCACAAUGUCUGUCCCGAGUAUGAAGACGACGUCAAGGCUGCAAUGGAAGUCUGCAAGAUUGCCGCCGAGGAAUGGCCCAUGUUUCAAGAGCUUUGUGCUGCACUCCCUGGGCAGUUCAAUCUGGCUGCCGCCGAACUUUACUGUCCCGAAGACGUCUCCAAGCAGUCAUGGUCGUUCUUGGAUUUCAAGCGUCCUGAGGGUUUCGAUCCUACGUCUGCCUUUUUUACGGCUUUUGCACUCAUGGACGAGCCGGAGUUAUUCGAAAGAUUGACUACCAAAAAGCCUACCAUCACUCGCGAGUUCACGUGUACACUGGAGUUGGUCCAGACGUUCCGUCCCAGCGACGAUAUCGUCAAGCGGUUCAAGUCUCUUGUCAUCAAUGACAAGGCAGCUUAUCAUGCCCCUGUCGGCAAGGCAAUCUUCAAGCAGGGUGUCAUUGAGGACGACUGGGAGAGACAACCUACUGAAUGGCCAACUGAUGAAGAAAUCAUGACACUUUUCUUUGACGAUGUUCUUCUGUCGAAAAUGAUGCCAGGGAUGAGAAUGGAAGCGGUCGUUUGUGAAUUGGAUGCUGGUUUGCGAUUUAUUAAGAGCAUCGAGAGCAUCGUCCCGUCAUUCUACGUCUACCUCCCCCAAGAGAUGAUGCGACACUACAAGGAGCCAAAAGAGGAUGAACGUCCUGCUAAAUCGGUGCAUGAUGCUAAUGGAAAUGAAAACGACGCCGGGAAGGGGGAUGGACAAGAAUGA